CCGAGUACAAGUCUCAUUCAUUCAACCUGUACUGAACAUUUUACAGUUUAUAUAGGCGAAAAUGGAAAAACUAGCUUUCGUGAUUCUUAUGUUCGUCGUUGGGACGAUCGGAAUGCGCGGAGCUGAAGACGUGGAAGCGGCUUGGGAGAAAUACUUGACCGAAUUCCCAAUGGGCAUUCAAACGAAAGCUGAAUAUGGAAAACGUAAGUCGAAUUUCGAGAAGAUUCACGCCAUCAUUGAAGAGCAUAACGCAGAUGAGAACGCUACGUACACUAUGGCGCAUAAUCAGUUCUCUAUUAUGGAUUCAGAAGAAAGAAAACAAUACCUGUUGCAAAACCUUGCUUCCACGAAAUCUCUUUAUGAAGAGCUGGGCUUCGAGGCUGUCGAGGAUAAUGACGAUUCAACGAUGCGCCAACUUCCACAGUUCAUUGAUCACCGAAAAGACAGAUGUAUGCAGCCAGUUAAAAACCAAGGUGGAUGUGGAUCCUGUUCCGCGUUUGCAGCUACGGCUGUAGUUGAGUUCGCUAAUUGUGUCAAAAAUGGAGCACCUGUAUCCCUCAGUGAACAACAAAUCGUGGAUUGCGACUUCCCCGAUAGGGAAUGCGGAGGUGGCUCUUACCACGAGUACUGGAAGUCCUUGAUCAAAGCAGGUGGUCAAGCCACUUCCGCCGCCUAUCCGUACAUUUCGGGAGAAACGAAAAAGAGAGGCCCAGCCUGUCUGAACAAGCCGAAAGGAGCUAAACUGGCUGCGAGAAAUCCGAUUGUUGCUCUGAAAGAAAGAGAUGAAAAUGGCGUGAUGAAGUUGUUGUCCCAAAGGAAACUCGUGGCUGUUUGCAUCGAAGUUACGGACAAGUUCAUGAACUACAAGACCGGUGUUUACACAACCCCAUGCAAAGGUGACGAAGGUCUCCACGCCGUCGCAGCUGUUGGUUAUGGCACUUACAGAAACAUUAAAUACUGGGCCAUUCGCAAUUCGUGGUCUGCUGAUUAUGGCAAUAAGGGAUACGUCCUGUUUCAGAGAGGCAUCAACCUGUGCGGUGUCGAAAGAGACUUGGCCACUGUUAACGUUGCCUAAACCGAAGUCAUUCAAAGCUGAUAUUUAUCUUUUAAUCUGAAAAUUUGAUGAGUUAUAAUACAAUAAUCAAGCACCAA